CAAGGGGGGGCUGGGCCCCAUGAAGAUUGCGAUGGCGAGUCGCCUUCUGUUUGUUUGGACCCCUAUGGCCCUAGGCGCCUGGGUGGCUGGCCUGGACGGCGAGAGCUGCAGCGCAGCCUGCGCCCGUGUUGGCGGCAGCUGCAAUUCGGGCCCCUUGAAGGAGGUGAUGACUGCGUGUGCCGACAACGAGGACGCGUGGCGGCUGUUGGGGGUUGUCUGGAGCGCGGCAGGGUCGUCCCUCGUGUGCGACAACUUCACGGAGCUUGCGGGUGAGACCACAGCGCCGUCAUACAGAGAUGGGGCCUGCGGCUUGCGGUUCACCGGGCCUUCGUCUUGCGAGGGCGGGCUUGCUGGAACCCAACGCCUCUGCUGUUGCGAGAGCGACCAGUGUCCCUUCGAUGCAGGGUACUGCAGCGCCGAGUACGAAACCAUGCGGAUGCUUCAGGCGAGCAAUGAGACGACAGAUGCAAGCGACGAUUUGGACGUUCAGAUGGUCGCGGGCAUCGCAGGUUUUGGCGGAGGUCUGUUUUUCGUGCUUUGCCUUGGAGCCGGCAUCUGCAUUGGCAGGUAUUACUUCUACGAUCGCCUGCGCAAUCGCACCAUGGCCCGCCUGCGCCGCCCCAGGGCCGCAGAGCCGACCUCCCCAACGGCAGAGGUGCCGCAUCAAGACGCCGAGGACGCCGCGGACUUGGAUCCCGAAGCAAACUUUGAGGAUCCCGACAAUAUGGAUCCAGGUGAAAACUACCCGGACCCCCCCGCCCCUCCUAUAAUUGAGGAGGAGCCUGAGCGAAUCUCACACAUCUGAGAGAGACUUGAGUCUUUCCAGUCAACGUUUGAAUGCUGUACCAUGUUGCUAUGUUAGCUCAAGAGUUUGCUUGAGCAGAGCUUGCUUGAAGGCAAGGCUCGUACUGCUCGUUUUUGCCCUGAGACUUCCCUGCCAGAAAAUGGCCAAAUUCGCGCAAGCUUUCAGACCUGAAAGGCUGGCACAUGCAUUUGGAUCGCCUUUUCGUAUCGCUGUGUGCCUUGGGCCCCUUGGGCAUCUCAGCGGGCAGCAUGGCGCCCUGUCAGCGGACAACGACGCCUGGCAGAAUUCACUGAGCCGCGGCUCGCUUGGCAAGCUGUCUCACUGCGCGUUUGCACCGUUCGAACGUCGG